UGGCGGAUAUAAGACGGAGGGCUGUUUGCAAACCAAGCUAUAGCUUACGGUACUCUGUUCCUGUUUUCAGCUCCUCUGUGCCAGCUGUCCCAACAUGAGCGGUAGAGGGAUGCUAUGCGGUGGGACCUCCGCCACCAGGCCCGCCACGGCUGAGAUCCAGGCCAUCGCCGACCAGGUGAAGUCCCAGCUGGAGGAGAAGGAAAACAAGAAGUACACUCUUUUCAAGGCUGUGGAGUACCAGAGCCAGAUGGUUGCGGGGGUCAACUACUUCAUCAAGGUUCAAGUUGAAGAUGAUGCCUUCGUACAUAUUCGAGUGUUUCAAAGUCUCCCCCAUGAAAAGAAGCCCUUGGCCUUGCACAACUACCAGACCAACAAGACCAGGCAGGACGAGCUGGCCUAUUUCUAGUUCUGGACUUUGGACUGAGCCCAUUGUCCACGUGGUCUUCUGUCCUCUUUGAUUACGUGUCUGUAGGCAUCAGUGACCGAUGUCUCUACACUGUGCCACUUCAUGGAGGGGCUGCUCCGCACCAAGCUGGUGUCUGUGCUUCUGGCUUUAAUAGUGUGAUUUUUCUCUCAAUCAGUGGUCUUCACUAAACUGCUUUCAAGGAGAGCUUAUGUCAGCUCUAAAUACAUAUAUUUUAAAGUCUUUGCAAAUUUCCUCCUUUGAUUUGGAUUUUUUUUCUUACAUCUGAAACCAUGAUCACCAUCUAGAAGUGUUCAGACCUGUCUACAACCUUUCACGCCCACCCACUGGCCUGAGCUGGCUGGAGACCCCCUCCACCUGAGGAGGAGAGCCCAGUGGGGUCUCUGCAGGUCACCGGCAGUGGGCGGCAGACCCAGGGUUCCGGGAGUCUGUUCCCACCUCAGCUCUGCACACCGUGGCCUGGACUCGCUGUCCCGUCUCCCGGGCGUGGUUUCCCCCAUGAAUAAAAGGAUUCUCGAGAA